GUAACACUUUUGAAUGUUAAACCAUUCGCCAAGAUGAGUGCUGAAGGAUAUCAAUACAGAGCUCUAUAUGACUACAAGAAAGAGCGAGAAGAAGAUAUUGACUUGCACUUAGGAGAUAUAUUAACUGUGAAUAAAGGUACCUUACUAGCACUUGGAUUCAGUGAAGGGGAAGAAGCCAAGCCUGAUGAGAUUGGUUGGUUAAAUGGCUUUAAUGAAACCACAGGGGAGAGGGGGGAUUUCCCAGGAACUUAUGUAGAGUACAUUGGAAGAAAAAAAAUAUCUCCCCCAACUCCAAAGCCUCGUCCUCCUCGACCCCUUCCUGUCGCACCAAGUCCUGCAAAAGCUGAAGCAGAGAGUGAGCAACAAGCUUUUUCACUUCCAGAUCUUACAGAGCAGUUUUCACCUCCUGAUGUUGCUCCACCAAUCCUCAUCAAGAUAGUGGAGACAAUUGAAAAGAAAGGUCUGGAGUGCUCAACUUUGUAUGUAACACAAGGCUCAAGCAAUUCAGCAGAAUUAAGACAAAUUCUUGAAUGUGACGCCUCUUCAUUGGAUUUAGAGACUUUUGAUGUACACACUUUAUCAGAUGCUCUCAAGAGAUAUCUCCUGGACCUGCCAAAUCCCAUCAUUCCAGCAGCUGUUUACAGUGACAUGAUUUCUGUAGCUCAAGAAGUCCAGAGCUCAGAGGAAUAUGCUCAGUUGCUGAAGAAACUCAUCAGAUCUCCAAAUAUACCUCCCCAGUAUUGGCUCACACUCCAAUAUUUGCUCAAACAUUUCCUCAGACUUUGUCAAGCCUCCAGCAAAAACCUCCUAAAUGCAAGGUCUCUAGCUGAAAUUUUCAGCCCUCUGCUUUUCAAAUUCCAGAUAGCAAGCUCUGAUAAUACUGAACACCACAUAAAGAUCCUAGAGGUUUUAAUCACAAGUGAAUGGAAUGAGAGACAGCCUGUACCAGCACUGCCUCCUAAGCCACCGAAACCUAAUACUGUAACUAACAACGGCAUGAAUAACAACAUGUCAUUACAAGAUGCUGAAUGGUACUGGGGAGAUAUCUCAAGAGAAGAAGUGAAUGAGAAGCUUCGAGACACUGCAGAUGGUACCUUUUUGGUACGAGAUGCUUCAACCAAAAUGCAUGGGGACUACACACUUACACUAAGGAAAGGAGGAAAUAACAAAUUAAUCAAAAUAUUUCACCGAGAUGGCAAGUACGGCUUUUCUGACCCAUUAACUUUCAACUCUGUCGUUGAGCUAAUAAACCACUACAGGAAUGAAUCUCUAGCCCAGUACAACCCUAAACUGGAUGUAAAAUUACUGUAUCCAGUGUCUAAGUACCAGCAGGAUCAAGUGGUAAAAGAGGACAGCAUUGAAGCAGUGGGAAAGAAAUUACAUGAAUAUAAUACGCAGUUCCAAGAAAAAAGCCGAGAAUAUGACAGACUCUAUGAAGACUACACAAGAACAUCUCAGGAAAUUCAAAUGAAAAGAACAGCUAUUGAAGCAUUUAAUGAAACAAUAAAAAUAUUUGAAGAGCAGUGCCAGACGCAGGAGAGAUACAGUAAAGAAUACAUUGAAAAAUUUAAACGCGAAGGAAAUGAAAAAGAAAUACAAAGAAUUAUGCACAACUAUGAAAAACUGAAGUCUCGAAUAAGUGAAAUUGUGGACAGCAGGCGUAGAUUAGAAGAGGACUUAAAGAAGCAAGCCGCUGAAUAUAGAGAAAUAGACAAGCGUAUGAACAGCAUUAAACCAGACCUCAUACAGCUGAGGAAGACAAGAGACCAGUACUUGAUGUGGCUGACUCAGAAAGGUGUUCGGCAAAAGAAGCUAAAUGAGUGGCUUGGAAAUGAAAAUACAGAAGACCAAUACUCUAUGGUAGAUGAUGAUGAAGACUUGCCCCAUCAUGAUGAGAGAACAUGGAAUGUGGGAAAUAUCAACAGAAGCCAAGCUGAAAAUCUGCUGCGGGGAAAGCGAGAUGGAACAUUCCUGGUUCGAGAGAGCAGCAAGCAAGGCUGCUAUGCCUGCUCUGUUGUGGUGGAUGGAGAAGUUAAGCACUGUGUGAUAAACAAAACACCUACUGGGUAUGGAUUUGCAGAGCCAUAUAACUUGUACAACUCUCUCAAAGAACUGGUGCUACAUUAUCAACACACAUCACUCGUGCAGCACAAUGACUCUCUCAAUGUCACACUAGCCUACCCAGUAUAUGCACAGCAGAGGCGAUGAAGAUUGUAAUACUCUGGGUGUUUGGUUUUUUUCUAAAGAAAAGAUUUGACAACAUUGAGGCCUCUGGAGAGAGCAGGCUCCUUUCAGCCUUACUCAAGAAUUUGAGCUGCAGUAUCAAAGCUAUCUGUCUUCAGAUGGGACUAGAGCUUUCCUUCACAACUGCAGUUGGAAAGAUCACAGUAUUAAGCUGUGAACGUAUGUUUCUAAUCUGAAGUGCUUUUUUUAAUUGAGAAAAGAAAAACACGAGAGAGAGAAAUCCUAACCUGAUCUCCCUGCAGGGACAUAGAGGCCUUUAACCAUGGUGCUUGUUUACGACCACUUCUGAAGCUUUACCAGCUAGAACGUUGGAUUCUGCAGACACAAAGGUGUAAGAGGUCUUUGUCAUUUGGUUAUUGGAAUUUCUUGGUCACAACCUGGCUUGGAUUUGAUGUUGCUGCACUCAGUGGAUCCAGACACACAGCAUUGUGGAUUUUUUGGUUUCUGGUGAAUGAUAUGUAGCAGAAUGGCACUUUCAUUUAUAAGGGACACUUUAAAAGGACUUCAGUUACAGUAUGUUGUUUGGAGGAAUUGUAAUAGUGAAGUGCCAGGAAGUGUUUUGCUUAGACGUUUAAAAAUCCUGUUUUAAGAAUAUAUUUAAGACUGAAGAAAACAGGACUUUCAAUGGCAUACAGUCUUUAAUAAUGUACAUAUUGGAUGACUAACAUCAUUGAUGGAAACUGUCAAUACCAAACUGCUUCUCUUUUCCCCUUCUGUUUGCUGAAAGCUGAAUUCUUAGACCAUGCUAUGCAAUACUGAAUUUUCUUUAGGCUGUAGUCUUCUCUUGAGCAUGUCUACAGGUUAAGCUUGUUUUUCUUUCUUCUUUCCUUGCCUUCUUUUUCCUUCUUUUUUCUUUCUUUCUUUUGCCUGAAAAUACUUUUCUUGAUGAUUAUUUUUUGUUAUUCUUUUGAUGUUUUCUUUUUUUGUUGUUGUUGUUGUUUUUGUUUUUGUUUUUGUUUUUGUUUUUUUAAUGUACAGGAAGCCAGCAAGAGUUGGCUUCAGAAUUAAAACUAUGAAAUAUUUUACAAUUUUCUUUGUAUAGAAUAUUGAGCUACUGGCUCAAAGUUUAAAAAGUUUUUUUUUUUUUUUUUUUUUUUUGACUAAAUAUUUUGUUGGGCAGUGCCUGAUAAGCUUCAAAGCUGCUUUAUUCAAUAAAAAUAUAUGAACGUUACAAAAUAUCAUUGAGUCCAACAAUAUUGUUUCAGAGAUACCUUUAGAGUACGGUACCUUGCUAUGUUUGCUUUUGAAGCAUUUUGAACUUCUGUCAUGAUUGUCUUCGUAUUUGAAAGAUGCAAAAUUGUGUAUCCUUCUCUGAUAACGACUGCAGAAAAACAGGAAAAUUUAGCUACUGGAGUAGAUAGGUUGGAUUUCAAGAAUGAAUCCACACUUCAUGGUAAAUAAAUGACAUCUUGACCUACUGUGGCAGAAUUUUUGUCAGCAUGUCAAGGUAUUUUCAUUUCAUAUGAAGGAAGUUUCUCUAAACUGUUGCCUGGAUUUGUUUAUCAUACUAGUAUUUUUAAAGAAAUCUCCCACCUGUACUCAGAACAAUUGGAUACAACAUAAGGCUAAGACUGGAAAACCUCUGUUCUGAAAAAUGAUUAGGCUUUCAUAGUUAAUAUUUUGGAUUUAUUUUCAUAAGUUUGUAGAUUGAGGGAGUAUCAAAGUGAACAUUUUCAUAGUUUCAGGCACUAGAGAAUUACAGAAUUAUGGUUUGUUUAAAGGAAACAAAUACAUGAAUCCCACUAAAGCAAACUUACUAGUAAUUCUGGGACAAUUCACUGUGGGUGGCUUGCGGUGGUUAUUGUUAUUAUAUAUUUUUUGCCAUGACCAUUGCGGAAAUUUGUACAUUGCAAAUUGAUAAAGUAAUGAAGUUCACAUAAAUAUUGGACAAGUUUUGACUAAGUUAGGAUGAAUUUAUUCUUUCCCAAAGAUGCACAGGGAAAACCCAUUACUAUUUAAAGGACUUGCACACACAAUCAAAAGAGUAGGUCCCAUGGAGUUGUCUCAUAAUAACUCUGCUUUAGAGAUACACGUAUUUUGAUUCCAAGCAUUCAGUACUUACUAAGCUAUUGAAAAUAAUGAGGAAUUUGCCAGUCUCCAGUAGUUUUUAUAUUUUAAUUUUUACAUUAACCCUUAAUUUCUGAGACUGUAAAGCUUUUUUUUUUUUUUUUUUUUUUUUAAUUAUGUGGAUUUUGUGCUUUUUUUGGUGGGUUGUCUUUGCUUUCCUAUAGAUGUAUUUUCUCUCUAGAAUCUAUAUCAGGAAACAAGAUACAACCAACAUAAAUGUUUCAGGAUAGUCAUCAUUUUCAAAAUUAUUCCGAUUUUUUAUUUUCUAAAUAGAAGUUUAGUCUUCAUCCCUUCCAUUCCUCAUUCCACCCUUCUUUCAGGCCUCUCAGAAUAGGACCAUUUAAAUUUGGUUUUACAAUAACUGGUUUUUACUAUGAAAAGCAACAAUUACUCUAGCAUGACAGUCAUACUACUGGGCUUGACAUUACAAAUUAGCUCAAUAUACAACAAUUUAACACUUGUAGCAAUCCAAGGUAUUCUUCAGACAUAUAUUAAUUUUUGAAUGUUAAAUACUUUAAGAGUAAAAUCGUAUUUUUUUUCUCUAUAAGCAAAAUAUAUGUAAUCUGAAUGGAUGUUUUCACUUAAUAUUUCUCAAGAAAUUUCAUCAUAGUUAAGGCAUUUGGAUCUAAUUUUCCUCAUAUUAAGAAAACCUCUGCUAUGUCAGUGGGCCAUAUCCUUAGCAUGCCCAGCCCAGUAAGGGAUAUCAUUUGGUCCUGUUGUGCUGUACUACUUCACUUCAUCUGUGGUUGUAGCAGAGAAAAAAUAGUGUGCGUGCAAAUUUGGCACUUGCUUUUAUUGCACAAGCAACAAUGAGAAAUAAGCACUAUGUUAUGGGGAUAAAUGCUUUUAGGGCUUCGUUAGGGGAAGUUCUGCCUACACAGGGUCUGUGCAAUUCACAAGGAUCACUUACGCCCCCAAAGUGGGCAUGAGUGGGGUUUCUUUGGUACCUGGGUAUUGUGUGGCCUCUGCAUUUCCCUCCCUCCUUAAUGCACAGAGCUGCAUCCUGCCAAAGGCCCUAUUCACUGCAGAGUUGUUUGUCCUUAAUGUACCAUAUAGUUCACUCCAGUUUUGAUUUGAUCUCAAACAGACUAAUAUAUACAGAAAAAAAAGCAUGUGGAUAUAACUGAAGAAACGCAAUGCUUUUCUGUGUUUCUAUUGAUGUAUACUUUUUUCCACCUAAUAUGAUUCAAGGGUGGGAAUUGUUUUGGUAUGUUUUUUUGGUUUGGGGAAUUUUUUUUAUUUUAAAUCCCUGAGUUAUGCUGCACUGCAGCAGCACUUUUGCAAGGCUUUUGUAAAGUAUGAGGCAUAACACAGAGAACCAACACCCACAGGGAAAAUUAGGAGCUUCUGAUUUCCGUAAGUUGAAAUUGGGAUUUCCAGUUUUGGGGAUAUUCAUGUGUGCAUCAGUGCAUAUGCGCACACACUUGCUGUGUUUAUGUAUGAAUAGAUCUCAGUAUAGGUGCAUUUUCACCAAACGUGAUCAUUUUGCUGAAUUCAGUAAGUGAUGUUAUUAAUUUUGUGUAAAGACACACACAUGCACUAGACCUUUGUGGGUGCAGCAUGUUUCCAAAUACAGUUAGAAGACUGAGUUUCUGUGUUGUUGUUGUUUUUUUUUUCUAAAAAAAAAAAAAAAAAAAAAAAAAAAAAAAAAAAAAAAAGCUUGUCUGUAUGGUUCAUUUAUCUAAAAAAAUCUUAUCAAACUGUAAAACCAAAUCUUAAAAUUUUCUAUUUGGUGUCAACUGUUCUGUAGUAAAGAAAUGGCUUUGUCUUGUAAUUGGCAAUGAAAUAAUAAUGCUUGGGAAAACAUGCAAAUGCUUCUAAUGGGGAAAACUUCUGCCGAUUUUCACACAAUGCUUUUGCUAUGCAUGGUAUUAAGUUGGGAAAGUGAAUCCUGAUAGUAUUUUUUUCAGGGUCACUUUAGAAAUGGGCAGCACAAAGCACAAUGCCUCCCAUAGGACAAGGUUCCAAAAUGCAACAUUUUAUGUAGAAUCAUGUUGUAUUUACUGCAGUGGAAAACUAAACUGGACUGGAGGAGUGGGUAACGUUACAUUGCACUUGUCCUAAUGAGACUGCAUUAGCUGCCCAAGAUGCUGCUAUUUUUUUUUAUUAUUAUUAUUGUUUUUAAAAAUAAAGCUCUGUUCUGUUAAAUGUCUUUAAAACAUUAAGAUUACUUUGUUUUAAAAUGGUCUUUGAGGAGGUGGAGGGUAAAGUGGGUUGUAAAUUGCCUUCACAAGGCAACAGUGAAAACUUGCCUCCUUGGAAUUUUGUUCAAGCUAUAGAGUUGAUGGAGCUGUGUCUUGUUUUUAAGUUGCUUUAAAAAUUGUAAUAAGUCUUCAAGCAGAAUAAAGGUUGUUUUGAAACUGCA